AAAAAAACGAAAAAACAAAAAAUAAAAGUAUAAUUGUGGUUCGUGCAAAUGAUCCAACCCACGAGCGCUCUGUUUAGUGUCAACAGAUCAGGAGGUUUUUGAUGGGAAUUAUCUUGUGAAAUGAAAUAACAGAAAACCUGAACCUGACGCGCAGCCGUGCAGCGAAUCAGACCCAGGCAUGGUGCAGCACAGCGUCAGUUCACCAGCAGAAAACCACAUCAAAUCCUCUCGUGUCUUUCUCCCCUAAUGCCUACAUAAAUUAGGACGAAUAUGGAAGCAAAAAGAGACAAAGAUCAUGAAACCGAGUGUGCAAAAAUCAUUCCUGGACUCCUGAAGUCCCGAACUGGGGAAUUUGAUUUGGAGUCCAUUUUAUUUCUUAAACUACGGAGUCUAGGAAUAUAUGAUCUCGGAUGCAUUGGAGAAUGUAUAAACCUGGAAAGGCUAGACCUCUCUGGGAAUAAUAUCACAAAUCUAGCACCUCUUGCAUCACUCCGACUUCUGCUUGUACUUAACCUGUCAGCUAACAGGAUUUCCAACAUUGAACCCCUCUCUAGUUGUGAAAGUCUACAGAAUCUAAAUAUGGCAGGCAAUCUUAUAUCCAGCAUUGAUAGCCUCCAUGCUUUGAAGACUUUACGGAAAUUGGAGAGUAUUAGGCUGAAGGACAACACCUACAAUUACACUAAUCCAGUUUGCAAGAACCCGACAUACAGAAACACGAUCCUUGAAAUCUUCCCAAGCAUCAAGGUGUUUGAUGGGGAACGGGUGGUUGGACGUGGAAGUGAUCUGUACCAACUAUGCAAAGAUAUUGAUGACACAAUUAAAGCAGGCAUGUAUAAAAAUGGCCAGCUGCCAGAAGUGCCGGACUGUAAGCCAUGGGUAGACGAGGGCUUUUGGGAGAUAAAGAGAUCAAAUAAUGCUAUUGUAGAAGAAGCUUACAAACAAUUUAAUGAUGUUCUUCAUGAAUGCAGGCUGCUAAACAGAAGAGCCGCCCAUGCAAUCUCACAAACUGAGAGGACACUCGGCCUCAAAAACCCACCAAAGCAGUAUUCCGUUUGAAAUAAAUGCAAUUAAGCACUUUUUAUUUUUGUUUUUGGUUGAUAAAAAAAAAAAUAAUAAUAAUAAUUUGUUGCUACACCACUAUUUCUAUUUGUUUUUUAAUAUCCACAUGCUUGACACAUCACCUGUGCCAGAACUCUUAAAUAUUCAGUGUUUUUAAUUACUGUAACUCCAAUGCUGACCUUACAGUUAUAGACUUGAGACUCAAGAUGUUCAAACCUUUUUUUCAAAAUUAUCACGUGUUUUGAUGCAGUUACGCUUGUAUUUAUGGACCGUCCUUGUUUCCUUUAAUUCACUCUUUAUUGACUUUUUAUUGUAUAUUCUGAUUAGAAUUAAACAUUGCUUUUGUAAUUUUUUCAUCAUUUUAUAUUUUGCAUAAAAUCUUCUGAUUCAGAACUAAACCAUGGUUUUUGAUGCAUUUAAAUUGAUAAAGCAUCCUCUUACUAGAACAGUGUCCUGUUUUUAACAUGUGUGCUAUAUUAUACCAGGAUAAAGUGGUUACUGAAUAAUAAUGAAUUGAAUAAAGAAUGGUUUAUUGUUGUGUUAUACAUUUAAAGCAACCUUAUUCCUGGUUAUUGUCGCAAGAUUUAUGCCCCACUUUGAAAUGUACUGUAUGGUAUAUAAACAACCUUUUCCUAAAACAGA